AAAAAAAAAAUUGGAUUGUUGACAAUCGGUGGGUCGAAGAUUGUUAACCCGCAGUCCCACUUUUGGGUGUCUCACAAGGACAUAAUGUCGAAAAUCUGUUUUUUAAGAAUGUCCUCUUAGUAUGGGUAGCGACGGCAGGUUUCCAGACCCUAAAGGAUCUUCUCUGCAAAUGCUUAAGCCCCGUAAGUGCCCUGUGGUGCAAGUUCGAAAGAAACGUUAAAAUGCCCCCGUAUGAGACGGGGAUGUUUCUUAAAACCCCGAAGGAGUGGAUGUACAGGGGCGAGGGGAACUGUAACAUAGUAAUAUCCCUUCCGAGAACAAAGGAAAUUUUAAGAAUCCGAAAGACUGAGAAACCAAAAUCUUUAUUGGGCUGGCUGUUGGUAUUUAUAAGCGACUUUUUUUAUUGGUACUGCGGUAAAAGUUUCAAAGACGAGGUCAGAGAUCUGGGGUUUUAUACUAAAGUCAUGAGGCCCCUUAUCGGGAAUCAGUACACGUCGGAUUCCAAACAAGUUUUCUUAACUCGCAAACAGAUGCAGAUCUUUAAGGAUGGACUUAUUAAGAAAAGACCAGAAUUUCGCCAAAACAAAACGUUGCAAUAUGGACGCGCGUCGUUAUUUCACGAUUUCGCAUUUUUACCGAUGGAAUAUGACCAUUUGCAGUUUUGCGAAAACACAUUUUCAGUGGAAAUUAAGCCGAAGCAAGGAUAUAGGCCGCCAAAGGAACAAAUUUACUCUAACUGCUUUUUUUGCAUGAACCAGUAUUUAAAACUUGACAAGAAGUUGAUUAAAUAUAGAACUAAAUAUUGCCCAGAAGAUUUAUUUUCCGGGGAUAAAUUAAGGAUGAAAAUGGCCCUAAGGUAUCUAAUGGAGGUGCCUCAAAAUAAUUUCAAAAUUUUCAAAAAUGGUUUGGUCCAUUACGAUGAUAAGCAGAAAAACAUGGGCGUUUUACAAGAAAUAUUCGAAACAGACGUAUUAGAAGAAUUGUUGAUAGACGAAUUCUGUGAUUUCAUUCAAAGAUGUCUUAUAACAAACACAGUGUUAGACAGUAGUAGUGAUAAUAACGAUAGUUGUAAGGAUUGUAAUAAUUUUAAAACGAGUCACAGCAUUGCCAUAAAUCAUAAUUUAUAUGAAAACCGUUUACCGAAGGGUUCUGUGCUGGAAAGAAUAUUGUCGGUGCAAACGUUAGAUCUAGAGGGUACGCACAGUACGUACAAGAAACUCUCCAAAAGUGGAGAAUGGGAGAAUUACGGUUUCGUGGAGAAACUGUUGGACGUAUUGGAUAACCGAAAGGAAAAGUGUGUCAGAUGUACCAUUUUUGAAAUGGUUAAUGCCCAAAGUGAACUAAUGUUUCUGCCUUAUCUGAUAUCUGCUAUUGCGAAGGAUUGUUCUCUGAUGAUUACUUUUAGGAAGUUGAAGCAGGACGUGGGUGCCGACAUGAAAAACGUUUUUAAGACCCGUUACGGAACCUUCUUGGUAAGCAUCGGUGUUUUUGAUCUCUACCCGAAACCAUUAUCCACAAUCGAGAAGCACUACAAACGAAAUAAAGAAAUAUUUAAAGCUUUAAAAAAACGCGAAGCACUAACCUAAUUUUAAAUAUAAAUAUAUAUAUAUACAUAAUAUUAUGUCUAUUAUAAUAUUUUUAUGUAUACCCUUACUUCCAAGUGUUAUAUACUUUAUAUUUAGGAAAUAUUAAUUAGACUGUACUAAUUUGUUUUUAUCUCAUUAUUAUUGUUUGUAUCCACUUUAUAUUGUAUUAUUUUUAUUUAGUGAAUAAUUGUGAUGAUAAUAUUGUCCUUAAAAUAAAUUGUCGUUUUCCCCCUAAAAUUAA